AUGGGUCCAUCUCUUAGAGGUCAUACCUCUAUGACCUCGAUGGCUCGACCUCAAACCCGAGAUACCAACCGUCCAACUACGAGAGAACAAGUCGACAACACAAUCAUCCCAAGUCGGACUUCAUCUCUGCACUCACGAAUUACCCAACCUCUACCGUCCAGUCUGGCGAAGACGAAUAAUAGACCGACCCCGAAGACCUUGACCCAUGCCUACAUGGUAUGUGGUGUUGGGAGGGAACCGUCACAAUGGGUGAAAGCGCCACCUCCACCGCAUGGAAAAAUCCAACAUAUGAAAGGCGCUGUCGGUCAAUUCUGGCUUCCAGAGAUUCUAGGCAGCAGUCCCAGGUUAGAGAGCGACAAUGAGAUUGCCAGAGCAUUGCAUAGUGCCAUGAGGGCUUGCUUUCCUCACGAUGUUGAGAUCUGCACUGGCCGAAGCCAGCCACAUUGUGUCCAUCAUGCAUUUGUCCUCCAACAAGACUCCCAGCAUACCCUGUACGGUAUCGCUCUCCGAGUCUGGUCCCGAGCAGACGAGAAGCGUGCCGAGACUAUUCGUGACCUUCGCCGCAAGACCGAGCCCGACUACAGGGAUAUUGCCGACGAAACAUACUGGAUUCCCUACUGCUUGAGUUUCCUUUCCCGAUAUCCUUUGUACAAUCUUCUCGGCGAUUACUUACGUGGGAUGUGGAUUCACUGGAACAAAGCCACGAACCUGUUCCAUGCCGAAGAAGUGUCGAGAAUCUUGAGUUUCCCGGCACCGAGACUCAACGACCUGGUUCGCAUUGACAUGAAAGAUUAUGCUCUCUGCUACCAAUUUCCAUCGUCCCCUACUGGUUUCCAGAACUUUGCCAUGUGGCCUCUAUUCACUUGUUUGAGCAUUCCGAACAUUGUCGGGUUGAUCGAAGCCGCAGUCUCACCAACUAGGCGGAUCAUCCUCACGAGUCAUCACCCGGCGAUGCUCACCAUGGCGGCAGAGACCAUCAGGUUCUGCGUCCGUGUCUACGAAUGGAGUGGUCUGUACGUCCCCGUCGUUCAUGCCCGCAAUGCCAGUGAGAUGGUUCAAGAGCCCGGCCCCUAUAUUCUCGGCAUAACUACCGAAUGUCGGUCCUUGUUCCAGCCACCGAAGGACGCCCUGUUGGUGGACUUGGAUCGAAACCUUGUCAUCACUGAUCACCCUCCCAACAUCUUGACGGCCGGUCAACGUACAAAGAUGAUCAACCGUCUCGCCCAAGCAUUGAACAGUGAUGUGGAGAUUACCGGUGUACCGCAGCACCUGAAAUCGGCCUAUGGUGGUGGCAAGCUCAUCCCUGCCGGUCAGAUCAUUGUGCUGCGGGGUGAGGUUGAAAGUGUACAAGAUCCUUCAUGGUGGAACCAAGAUGCCGUCAUGGCCGUCAUGGAUCAUGUCUGCGAGAAACUUGGCCGUAACACUGGCGUUAAGGCGUGGUUCGGUGGAUCGAUGAAGAAGCCGCUGAUGACCAAGAUCUCCAUGAGACACAUGAAUGAGAUUGUCCGCGAACGGAAUCAGUACUCCCGUGAUGCUUUGGAGGCGUGGCAAGACUUCAUCAACCUCAAGGGCCGUAUGGACACUGAACUUGCCAAGGUUACCAAGCGUAAUAACUAUCUCGAACAAGAAGUGGAGACUUGGAAGUUGCAAUUCCAGAAAUUCCAGGCCUUUGUGGAAUCGCUCAACAAGGAACUGGCCGAGCUUCGGGUCAAGAUCGAAUCUCACAAACGGGAGAACCGCCGCCUCACCGGGCUUAUUGACCAACAGAAGGACGACGCUGCUCGGCUGGCCCUGCGGUUGGCAGGAACCGAGAGACAGCGAGACAAUGCCCUCGAAGCUCUUGCUCUACAGCAGGGGAUUGCCGAAGACCUCGAGAAAGAAAGGUCCCGCAACCGGAAGGAAAUUGCGGCUUUGCAACAUACCAACCAGACUCUGCAGAGGCAACGGGACGAAGCCCAGCGUGUGGUUCUUCAUCUGCGUUCACUCAUCACAGGCCAGACUCAUCAUAUGGAGCAUAUCGUCCGUUCUAUUGGCUCUGCUUCAGAGCUUGCUGAUUAUAUCCAUGAAGGCUACGACGAUGCCGAGACCGAAGAUGGAGAGCAAGAUGAAUCUGUGCAGGAUGCGGACCGUCUUGGAAACGUCACCAGCCGGGCCAGCAAGCGAGUCUCCCGAGCCGGAUCCAUCGAUGGGCAGGACGUCACGCCAGCCAUGGAGAAUAAAUUACUGGCCAGCAGCAAGAGAGUUAGCAAACGGUAUUCUAACCUCAGCAUGUCCGAUGUGGCUGAUCGACAUCUCCGCGACAAGACCGAUGCCAUCGCCGACAUCAUCCGCAACAUCAGUGAACAAUGUGCCGCUGCUGUUGAAGGCCUUCAGUUGGCUAACGAGGCCGCUGGAGUCGACGACGAGGAUGAUGAGGACCAGAUUGAUGGCGAGGAACACAGUGAAGUGUCUCCUUCAACCAUGCAUGCCCAGACCGAGAGUGAAAAUCUUUCGCCUGCGGACCAUCUCAACACCGAUUCCCGUACCGAUACGGGCCACUUGACCCCACAAAGUGAGCGAAGCUCAAUUCCGCCCACCCCUGAUUUGGUCCACCAGCGGUCGAGCACUGCGCUCAGUAUGGCCAGUUCAGUACCAACCAACUACACGGCUCGUGAAUCAUUGACCCAGAAUCCGAGAGCCGAUCGCACCAAGAUCGUCGAAGUCGAAGAUGAGGAUGCUGAGCAGGCUCACGCAUCAGCCGGGACCAUUGGCAGUGCCAACGUCAAGGGCGAGCCGGUCGAAGAGACCCUCAAAGCGGUGCCAGGGCGAGGUCCGGUUCUCAGCCGGGUGGUAGAAGCAUAA